GAGGAAGAGUCCUCUUCAUCGUCCAGUGAAGAGGAGGACAGUGACGGGAGACAGAACGAAGACCUGUAUGGGAAGGUGGUGUGUGUUGAGGCAGGCCCUGCCUCUACUGCAGACAGGAAGACCAAGACAACAGCAUGGUACCCUGCCCUGGUCAUCACCCCAGACUGCCAUGAAGAGGCCACCAUAAAGAAAGACACCGUCUUCGUUCGUUCCUUCAAGGAUGGCAAAUUCAACACAGUGCUGAGGAAGGACGUAACGGUGAUGGACACAGACUCUCCACCUAAAGCUGACGCAGGGCUCAAGCAAGUGCUGGAUGCGGCUGUGGAGUUUGUGCAUCAGGCGGUGGUGCCCGGCUCCUGGAGGACUGAGGUGAAAGACGAGAGUUCCACAAGUGAGGAAGAUGAGGAGGAGGAAGAGCAGGAGGAAGAGGCCAGUGAAGAGGAGGAUGAGGAGGAAGUGGAGCCGUUCCCCGAGGAGAGAGACAAUUUCCUGCAGCAGCUGUACAAGUUCAUGGAGGACAGAGGAACCCCCAUCAACAAGAAGCCCGUGCUGGGCUACAGGAACCUGGACCUCUUUAAGCUCUACAGACUGGUGCACCAACUGGGAGGCUUCCAUGAUAUUGAGAGUGGAUCCGUAUGGAAGACUGUCUACCAGGCUCUGGGAAUCCCUGUUCUCAACUCUGCCGCCGGCUACAAUGUCAAAUGUGCUUACCGCAAGUACCUGUAUGGGUUUGAGGAGUACUGUACCUCCUGCGCCAUCACUUUCCGCAUGGACCUUCCACUGAAGCAGCCCAAGGCAGAGGGGGGCAAGGCUGAGGGGGAGACGGGGGAGGCAGGGGGAGACAGUUCUGUCCCACCUGUAGCCUCUUCAAGCUCAGCAGAGGAGCAGAAACGGAAAGCCUGCUACUCUGAGAGAGAGAACCUGUGCUGCUCAGAGACCAGCAGCACUCAGCCCAUCGUCUGCAAGGAGGAUACUGAGCUCACCCGGAACAGACCAGAGCUGGAACCUCUGAAGGCUGAGCAGCAGAAGGCUGAGAGAGAAGGUGGUGAUGAUGAUGAUGAUGGUGUUGAUGAUGAGGAAGGAAACGACCAUCACAAGCACGGCUCUGAUGAUGAAGACGGCCCUUCAUUUGCUCGCCUCAGAGAGGAGGGAGUGAAGCUGGAGCCUUACGAUGAGGAGCAGGAGGCUGGGAAGGCGGAGGACAUUUCUGGCUCUGGGGAUGAGAGCUGCAGUCAGGAGGGCGAUGGUGGUGAUGAGGAUCUGGGGGAGGAAGGGGAGGAGUUUGAGUGUUACCCCCCGGGGAUGAAGGUGCAGGUGAGGUAUGGUCGUGGUCGCAGCCUGAAGACGUACCAGGCCACUGUGAAAGAGGCUGACGUGGAGGGGGGAGAGGUGCUCUACCUGGUUCACUACUGUGGCUGGAACGUCAGAUAUGAUGAGUGGGUCAAAGCUGACAAGAUUGUCCGUCCGGCCAAUAAGAAUGUUCAGAAGAUCAAGCACCGUAAGAAAAUAAAGAACAAAGCGGAGAGAGAGCGCAACCGCCUGGAGCAACUGAACGAGGACCUGGGGAGUCCGUCCCCGAACAGACUACGUGUCCCCCGCCCCUCCUCCAAAUCCCUCGGCCCCUGCUCUGCCCAUGAGCGCCAUGUCUUCUCCAAGAUGGAGGACGGUGAGAACCAAAGGACUCUGACUCUGCAGUCUCCAGUCAAGUCUAUUGAAAUCACUUCUAUCCUCAAUGGCCUGCAAGCCUCAGAGAGUUCAACAGACGAGUCUGAUCAGGAUGGUGGGCGUGAGGACGACGAUGACCAUCCAGGUUCAGGGGGUCGCGGCAGUCUCAGAAAGGGGGGUCCCCCCAAACCCCUUCACGCCUUAGACCGCUGGGAGGGUACCGCCUCUACCGAUGUCCCCAAACCACCAUUGGUCACAGGGAAGAGCCAACAACCAAUCAGCGUCGAGACCCCGGAGGCUGGGAGGCGGCGUAGCCAACUAGAGUUUGAGGCUGAGAGGGAGGGGCCAGGUAGCUCCGCCUGCAGGAAGAGGAAGUCAGAAGGAGUGGCAGGGGAGCAACAGACCUCUAAAGGACCCCCCUCCAAAACCAAGCUCCCAACCAGGAGCACCAGGAGCGCAGACUGGCUGCCGGGAGGCUCCAACAGGAGGGCCCAGGAGAGAGCAGGAGGUCUAGGGGAAGACAGAGGAGGAGCAGGAGGUUCCUCUAGCAGCAGCUCAGAUGAUGGAGGUGCACCUCCCACUGAGCCCCACCAAGCCGAUGGAGACCGACCCAGCUCCCGUCCCAAACCUUCCCCCUCUAAGAAGUACAACGGCAUGAAGGACAAGAGUGGCACCGGGGGUGGAGGCGGCGCCCGCCCUGCGGGAUUCUGGGAGAUCCCUGAGAAGAGGGCUAAGAUGGCAUCCAGCAGCGUGGAGGAGAGGGAGAGAGAGAGAGCGAGACCGGCGGGUGGCAGUCGUACCAAGGGCCAGAAGGAUGUGUGGUCCAGUAUUCAGGCCCAGUGGCCCAAGAAGACCCUGAAGGAGCUGUUCUCUGACUCCGACACAGAGGCUGCUAACUCCCCUCCUCCGCCUGGACCGGCCCAGUCCUCAUCAUCAUGCCACGAGGAGAGGGAGAGCAGGGGGGAGCGGGAUGGGAACGAGGCAGGACUUGGAGGCCCGGAGAGGGAAAGCAGGGGGGAGCGGGACGGGGAGGGAGAUGAGGCAGGAGGAAGAGGCCCGGAGAGGGAGAUUAGGGGGGAGCAGGGCGGGGAGGGAGACGAGGGAGGAGGAGGCCCGGAGAGGGAGGACCAUGACCUCUCAGAGGAGAACCAGGGGCAGGAGAAGAGGAGGAGUGAGCAGGAGUUCCCCUCCAGUGGAUCUGACUCAGUUCUCAACACCCCUCCCACCACCCCAGAGUCCCCAUCCAUGGGACAUAGCAGUAGUGGGGCCAUGGCGCAAGGGGCUGGAACUGGCUCUAACCGGACUCAGCCCUCCUGUCCUCCCCUGUCUGUAACCCCUGCUCUGGGUACAACGCCCUCCUCUGACCCCUUGGCUCCGGGGCGCCCCAACACCCUGGCAGAGGAAGGUGGUUGUGGUCGCAGUGAGACAGACAGCAGUACAGUGGAGGUGGAAAGUCUAGGAGGGGAGCUGCAGGACCAGGACUUACCCCCAGACCAGGAGCAGGGAGAGCCCCACCACCAUGGGGGAGCAGGAUCCCCCUCCUCGCAGAGUAAAGUCUCCCUCCUAGACGGUCCAGGUAGCCUGUCCUCCUCUCACAGCCACUCCAACUCUACCUGCAGUCUGGAGCUCAGUAGUAGCAGUCGACACGACAACACUGAACACAAAGCCAAAGUGUCUGCCAGUCACAAGCGUCAGAAGGAACAGCAGGCAGGUGGAGCAGCAAAGAAACCCAAGCCAAACAGAAAGAGCUCAGUGCCUCCCAAGAAGAACAAUAACAGAAAAACUGCCCACAGCAGUGACAGUGAAGACCAGUCAUUGGGCGAGAGCACAGCCAAGUCUUCAGUCUCCAAGACCCAUGGUGCAGCAGACAUGAAGGGGUCCAUCUCGCCCAAGUGUCCCGGCCUGGGACAGGGACGCACCCCUCCAUCCAGCCAGAAGUACCACAAGCAGCAUGGUGACCCUGACCACCAUCACCAUCUUCACAAUCGGGAACAUCACCGGGAGCCGGACCUGGACAAGAUGUCUAGUCUGGAGAGGAUCUCCUUCCUCCAGGAGAAGCUGCAGGACAUCAGGAACCACUACCUGUCCCUCAAGUCUGAGGUGGCCUCCAUCGACCGACGACGCAAACGCAUCAAGAAGAAAGAGAGAGAGAGUACGGUGGCAGCAUCUUCCUCCUCUUCCUCGUCCCCGUCCUCCAGCUCUCUAACAGCAGCAGUGAUGUUGACGCUAGCCGACACUCCUGUGUCGUCCUCUUCCUCCUCUCAGAACUCUGUGGUGUCUGUAGAGUGUAGGUGACAGGACAACCCCUCACCCCUCCCAACCUUCCGAGGCCCAGGACACAGCACUGAGCACUUAACCAGCACCACCCUGGUCCCCAUCCCAAAAUACCCCCAACACCUACCAAGGCCCCAUCCCUACCACUAACGCCUCCACUCCAAAGUCUCAGUACAUACCCACCUCAAACCAGAGAGCACCCAGGCAUCAAUGCCCCCACUUAAACCUCCACUCUUAUUCAUGCCUCUCCACCCCAAAGCCCCUUUCCAACAGUUUGGCCUCAUCACCCUUACUCCCAACUCCCUCCCAGCAGGACAGACAACACAAUCUCUAUACUGGAACAACCACAGGGAUACAGCAACACAGACAACCAGACCAACAAGACAAAACAAACACUAUUUUCUAUCCACAGCUGUUUCCUUGGCAAGCUAAUUGCACUUAAGUGCACUUUUAUGAAGAUUUUGAGGGGGAAGAGAAUACAACGACCAACCAAAAAAAAAAAAAAGUACAAAAGUAUGUUUUUUUUUUCAAUUGAUUGAUAAACAUUUCUAAGAGUUGUUUUCUUCAAGCAAUAGUGAUUCUUUCCAUCUCGAGGUAGUUUAGAUUGGGUUGACGAUGGUGUGUACUGUGUCAUCAAGGUCCUUGUCCUAUGUAGCCCUGUGUAUGUAGAGCCUUUCAAAGGGAAUACGCAAGGCUCAAAGUCACAUGAUGAUGUACAUACUAAAACAUACGCUUGUAGUGCGUGUACUGUUGGAACACAUGCAUUUCUCUCUCUGUCCGUCCGUCACUUCUUUAAGCUACCACGCCUUCGAAUGGUACUCUUAUCUUGACCCGUGACCGUGGUCUGUAAGCGCUGUGUGGAGGAGAGAGAGGCUUCGUAUGUCGGCCCACUGUAGAGAUCCAGAGAAGUGACUUUGAAGCCAUGAAGCUGAUGAACAUGAGACUACUGUUAGGGCCUUGUUGUUGUGUCUAACCCUAAGACACCUCUUAAGAGGGAACUUUCCCCCUCCUGUCCGACUCUCUUAGUCCUGAUGGUUCUUAGAAAUGAAAAACGGUCCGUCUUUCAGAGGACUGCAUGAGUGACAGACUGCUCCAGCCAGGCCUGUGACUGUGUACAUGACAGAUAGCAAGAUAUUCAUGUGAUUAUAUUGAUAUUCCUAAUGAUUGUAGAGGUGGAGAGGACUAAUCUCUUUCUGUCAGCCAGGAUCUAAUGUCUAUAGGAAUGAGUCCCAAAAUGGAACCCUUUUUACCUAUACCGUGCACUACUUUCUAUGGGCUCUGGUGUAAAGUAGUGCACAAUAUAGGGAAUAGGGUUCCAUUUGGCCCUUUGUCUGCUCCUUAAUAAGGUCCCCAGUUAAUAUGGCAGUAUAUACAUACAUGUGUAAUGAUGGAGAUGUCUGGCAGGUUGAAGGAACCCUAAUGGAGAACGUUGUAUCUUGUCGGUUUAUCUUUUCAACUCAUGGUUCUUGGAUUUCUAAUCAGUCUUUUUAUCACGCCGUUCAGAUGAUCUACAUUAGACGCUCCAGAUGGAGGAGAAAGCGCCCUCUGAAUUAAAUGACAAGCUGCCAAGGGGAACUACAUAGCAUUCUGCAUUUAAAAAAUAUGCUGAACUAAAAAUAGAAAAGCAACAUGCAACAAUUUCAAACAUUUUGACCGAGUUACAGUUCAUUUAAAGGAAAUCAGUCAAUUGAAAUAAAUUCAUUAGGCCCUAAUC